GAUGAGAUGUGCUCGCCAAGAGGCGUUGUUUCUCAACAGUCCCCUGAUACUCAGAGUAGAGUUUCAUAAGGUUUCUAAGUCCCGAGUCAAUCCUUAUCCAAGUAACAAAUGGGUGUCGAUGGGCGCAGACUGUUGGGCGUUGGCGCUGGAGACGCCGAACAAGGAGACUCCAAUGAGGGAAGAACUGGCCUUGUUUGGCGGCAGUGCCCUGAGCACAACGUCGACGGAGAAGGCAUUACUUCGGGUUGCCUUGGGCGACGCCUCGAGUCGCUUGGGCGAAGCCUUGCUUAGGUGA